ACUCUGCGCGCCGGCGGGGGCUGCGCAGGAGGAGCGCUCCGCCGGCUACAACGCUCCGCGGGCCGGCGCGGCAACACCUGUUCGCGGCAGCCCGGGAGGCACGCGAGCUCCGGGACGCGGCUCUCCUCGCUCGCCGCUCGCCGUCGUGCUAAGCCAAUGGACAUCUGCGGAGCCUCUGGAGAAAUCUGGAUACUAGCUUUGGACGCCUAAAGUUUUUUCUUCUUUUUGUUUUAUUAUUGUUAUUAUUAUUUCUUUUUGGAGGGGGGAUCGGGAGGCGAGAUUUGUCGCUGCCACCAUCGUGAGGUUUUUUCCCCCUUGAAGGAUUCAUGCUGAUGUCUGCAGAGUCGGUUAGAGUAAAAACAGCGCAUGCCUUCCUGGAGUCAGGAUCCGUAAAUUCUGACGUAGCCCGUGCAUCUUAAAAUCCCUAUAAUAACGCCUAGGCAUUUAAGUUGCUAUGGUCAUUCUGAUCUCAAACCAAAUGGAGAAACUACGGAUUUUUUUUCCUUAUUACGGUCGGAUGGGAUGAAGACCUUCCUGCCUGCUAAGAGCUGGGGAUCUAUGCAUAGAGAUACAUAGAUAUGUUUAUCAAUAUGUCAGUGUGUGAGUAUAAAGUGGUGGUUUCUUAGACUAUCAGUGGUUUGACCUUGAACCUGCGCCAGUGAAGCAGCAGAUUACUUUUAUUUAUACAUUUAAUGGAUUGAAGAAAGGAACCUUUUUUUUUUUUUUCUCUCUCUGCAACUGCAGUAAGGGAGGGGAGUUGGAUAUACCUCGCCUAAUAUCUCCUGGGUUGACACCAUCAUUAUUGUUUAUUCUUGUGCUCCAAAAGCCAAGUCCUCCAAUGGCUCCCUUAGGUGAAGUUGGGAACUAUUUCGGUGUGCAGGAUGCGGUACCAUUUGGGAAUGUGCCGGUGUUGCCGGUGGACAGCCCGGUUUUGUUAAGUGACCACCUGGGUCAGUCCGAAGCAGGGGGCCUUCCCAGGGGACCCGCAGUCACGGACUUGGAUCAUUUAAAGGGGAUUCUCAGGCGGAGACAGCUAUACUGCAGGACUGGAUUUCACUUAGAAAUCUUCCCCAAUGGUACUAUCCAGGGAACCAGGAAAGACCACAGCAGAUUUGGCAUUCUGGAAUUUAUCAGUAUAGCAGUGGGCCUGGUCAGCAUUCGAGGCGUGGACAGUGGACUCUACCUCGGGAUGAAUGAGAAGGGGGAGCUGUAUGGAUCAGAAAAACUAACCCAAGAGUGUGUAUUCAGAGAACAGUUUGAAGAAAACUGGUAUAAUACCUACUCAUCCAAUCUAUACAAACACGUGGACACUGGAAGGCGAUACUAUGUAGCCUUAAAUAAAGACGGGACCCCAAGAGAAGGAACGAGGACUAAACGGCACCAGAAAUUCACACAUUUUUUACCUAGACCGGUGGACCCCGACAAAGUACCCGAACUAUAUAAGGAUAUUCUAAGCCAAAGUUGACAAAGACAAUUUCUUCACUUGAGCCCUUAAAAAAGUAACCACUAUAAAGGUUUCAUGCGGUGGGUUCUUAUUGAUUAGCAGUGUCAUCACAUCAGCUCCACUGUUGCCAAACUUUGUCGCAUGCAUAAUGUACGAGAUGGAGGCUUGAAUGGGAACAUGCUGAUUUUGUUCUGCACUUAGAGGCUUGACCUCCUGGAGGCCUGCUGAGGCCCACAGGCUUGAUUAAUUGUGAGAAGAGCAGGGGGAGACCGAGAGCGUGUGAGUGUGCGAGUGGAUGGGUAGCAGGGGAGAGUGGAGAGCAGCAAAAGCAGAGAGGACUACGGCCUGAUGCAUGCUGGGAAAUAGACACGCUUUUACAUUUUUGAUCAGUUGUACUUCAUCCUAUACAGCACAGCUGCCAUACUUCGACUCAUCAGGAUCUGGCUGGUGGCCUGCUCAAGGGCACGCUGCAUUUUCAACGGCAUGGAGGGUGCAGUCUUACUUAAAAGACUUUUUCAGUUAAUUCUUGCUGGUGUCAUCCCAGUGAAUUUAAAGCAAAGACCUCUUAGUAAAAGAAAAAGUUAAAUUUAUUUAUAGAAAUUCCAAAGGCAACAUUUUAUUUAUUUUAUAUAUUUAUUUAUUAUAUAGAGUUUAUUUUUAAUGAAAUAUGUACAGGCCAGAUAGGCAUUUUGGAAGCUUUAGGCUCUGUAAGCAUUAAAUGGCAAAGUCUGCUAUGAACCUGUGGUAAAUUCAUGCAAGAAAAUAUAACGGUGCAUGGAUAUGAGAAAUUCUAAUGACCCUAAUGUACUAAAGGUGACAAUCUCUUUUGUGCCCGUAUUAUUGUAAACUUAUGCACAUCAUUCAUGACACUGAGUAUUCACUCUUCAGACUGCUUGUUUCAUAGCUUAUCCCAGAGGAUUAAAGAUAAACUGGGUCUCAAACUUUUAUUCUGUGUCUGUUAUAUUUCCUCUCUCAUAGUGACUUACUCCAUCAUUGUAACUUCACUGUUGGAAAGUAUAAGGGUUGGUAUAUAUCCUACUUGUUUAAAUUCACUGCAGAAUAUACCAAAGCUCAAAAAUAACUGUGCUUUUAUUUUAGCUGAUCGCCAGAACAAUAGGACUAACAUCAAACAUUGUACUGAUUUAGAAUUCUCAAAAAGGAAGAAAGAAACUUACAUAAGCACAGAUUUUUUUUUUUUUUUAAAGGACAAGAAUCAGAUUAAUAGGAUCAUUCUGGAAAACUUUUUGUGCCCUUGUCUAUCAAAUAUGAAGUUAUACAAGUACCAUAAGGGUCACUACAACAUUUUUUAUAGAAAAUUGCUUUUGGUGUGAAUUGUCAUAAUACAUGGUAUUAGCACCCUUCAAGAAAAACUUGCAAAGUGAAACCAGUAAAUCUUCAUCAACAAUGACAAUGAGGGGGAAAGCAUUAUAUUUGUUGACUGUGUUUUGUUUUUUAAAAUGGUCUUCUCAAGAGCUCAAUUUUUUUAGGGGGGGUUACUAUAUAGAAUAUCUUUUACAAAGCUUUUAUAAUAUUUUAUGCGGACAAGCAGAAUACUUAUUUCUUUAGUAGCAAUAAUUUUGGAACUUGCCCUUGGGCAAGGGAGACUAUUUCUUAUUAUAUAUUAAGGAGAAAAGAGCCAAAUUCUUAAAGCAAUAUUUAAAAAAAGGAAUUUAUAACAAAUUCUCAUACCACAUAUAACUCUAGCCAGUUAUGUUGGGAAAUUGAAAGUGACAGUUAAAAAAUGUGUUGGGAUUUAUGUAACUAAUUUUAAAAUUUAAUACUCCAACUUUGUUUUGCUCUGAUGCACAUUCUCUAUGAAAAAUAAAAGUAUGUCACUGGUGAGUUAAAACGUUUGAAGUGGAAGUGCAUGACUUCUUGCUGUGAGCACACGUGGCCCUUCUAUGGUCCAACUUGGAGAAUGUAGCAGAAUCUUCCUGCUGAUGUGCAUUAUGGAAAAAAUAAGUUUAGCAUUUCGAAUUAAGAAAUACUUGGGGGGGAGGGGACAGAAGCAAUGUAAAAUAGUUGAUUUAUGAUAAAGGUCAGAACGUCCUCUUCAUUUAUUUUCUUGGAUUUUAAAAAGCUUUCUAAACAGAAACUACAUUUAAUUCCAAGAUGUACUAUUCUUAUUUAUUAUUUAACCCUUUGCUGCUGCUAAAAUGUGCACAUAUUCAGGCUUUAGUUUUUCCAAAAGGCAUUUAAUAAUUUUGGCUGAAAAAUAUUAAACAUCUAAACCACAGGGAAGAAUCAAUUUUCUAGGAUGUCAUAGGUACAAUAUUUAGCACUGAAGAAACUGAUUUUAGGAGCUAGCCAAAAGUAAUCUUAAAGUAGCGAGAUGCUAAAUGAUCAGCCUAAAAGAAAGCAAACAAUUUGUGAAAAAGAUUCUCCAUUCAUUUCUAGGAAAUGCUACUUUAACAUCUACUUUUGGAGUUACUUUGUUCCGGUAACUUUUAUUUGAAAAAGCAAAAAACAGAAUGUUAUAUGUUUUUGGCAACUGAUACAAUAAAUUGUAAUGGUCUGUAAAUAAAUAAUUGACUUAUGCAAUUUAUGUAAAUAAGUGUCCUGGGAAAGUAGAUGGCUCAGGGUUUCAGUGUGGGCAUUGUCCUAUUGGGCAGUAGAGCGAUUGUCCCCAACUCAUUGGUAUGAAUCUGAUUUUUGCCAUAAGAGACCCAAAGCCCAUUGGAUGGCGACCCUGAGCCACCAUGGAAUGACAGAUGCUCGACAGCCAAACCACUCACUUGCACCUUGGUCAAAGACUUAACAGGCAUGGACUGAACCACCUUCCCAUCAUCAUGUGAAUGUCCCCAGGCCGUGUCUAUGGACACGCCAGGUCAGUGUUGGGGAACCUGUCCCUGCCAGGUCCUGUUUUGUAGAUAAAUGACUGGCUUCAGUUUAUGGUUGUUUUUAUUCUAUUUCAUCUCGUUAACACUACAACAUUGUUUUAUUUACUUGAUAAUCUGUAAUUGUAUGUAAAUACAUACAGGAUCAUGUAAUUUGUGUAAAUACAUAAUUACAGACUUUUGAAA